CAAAAUGCUACCUCUAGAUAGCCUUCAAAAUACUAACGUUCCCUCUCAUGUUAUUCAAAUCAAAGCAUUUAAUGUUUUGGAAACAUUGGUCACUAGAAGGACUGAAAACAUUCAGUUACUUGGAAGAGCUGAUCUUGGACAACAAUCUACUCGGAAAUGACCUUCUGUUACCCAGGUUACCCCACCUCCAUACCUUAACGCUCAACAAGAACCAAAUAACAGAAUUAGAAAGCCUUUUGGACCAUUUGGCUGAAGUUGUGCCCUCACUACGGUAUCUCAGUUUGCUUGGAAACAUGGCCUGCCCAAAUGAACUGGUCUGCAAAGAAAAAGAUGAAGAUGACUACCAGAGGUACAGAUAUUUUGUCCUGCACAAAUUGACAAACCUGAAAUUUCUUGAUACUCGGAAAGUAACCAGGAGGGAGAGAGAGGAAGCCUUGCUAAGAGGUGCCUUCAUGAAAGUGGUUAAGCCCAAGGACGCUAAGGCCUCUGGUGACGCUGCCUCCACCUCUCCAGAGAUACACUAUACACCUCUGCCUUUGGGAUCAAGGGACCUUACCAAUCACAGAGGCAUUUUGGGAAAAUGCCGUUACAUUUACUAUGGAAAACAUUCUGAAGGCAACAGAUUCAUCCGAGAUGACCAGCUAUAAAACACAGCAUUGUGCCUCUUCAAUCCAUCCACAUAAGAAGCACAAAUUGCAUCUAAAUUUUAAGCAUGUAACUAAAGUCCUCUAGUGCCUUCUGCUGACUUUGCCAAGCCUGUCAAGAUCAUCUUUCUAUCUUAGUCUGAGUAGUCACAUAGAGAUUGACAUGAUUGCCUUUAAGCAGGUCCCAUUCACCAGUGUGACAGACAGCUGCAGCCGAGCACCCAGCCUGACAGGAGCACCGUGAUGGAUUGCCUGGUCCAAUUGCUGCUCACAGAAGAGCAGGGGUCACACCUGGGGCUGCAGUGAGCAUGCUCUGUCAGUCGGCGCCUUAGCAAAAGCACCCUGUUUAAUCUUCAGCUUGCCUGUUGAGUGAAAGUGGCUGGCGAUAUCAAAGUGUUUAUAAAAGAGAAAGGCUAUAACUUCAGAUGAAAAAGCCCUUAUCUAUUUUGUUUGUUUUUGUUUUUUUUUUUCCCCCCUGUGAAUUAAGUGCUUGUGUUUCUAUAAUCUCGUACAUACUUACACAAAUCCUUUCACAGUGGUUUUAUUGGUUUGGUUUGUGUGUGUGAGUCCUGCCCCAAAAUGGUUUAUUUUUUCUUUCAAUAGGGAAAAAAAUAUAUCCUGAAAAUAUUUCAGUCAUGCAAAGUAUCAUCAAUUUGUAUAGUUGUUUAUAUACAGAGAAAAACGAUUUAAGAAAUUUUGCAGACAAACAAAAUUUCCUAAUUCUUAAAUUACAUCUCAGCAUUUACUAACUAUGACCUUCAAAAAAGUGAUCAUUUUUUAAUGCUGUAGAAUCCUGGCACAGCUUAACUGAGGGCUUGGAAGAAUCCCUGAAUUGUGAUACUGACAGUGUGUAUUAUUUCUGGUUUAUUGCACAAGAUAUUUUUAACUUUUACAGAGAUUACAUUUAGAAUUAAAUGCUUAAAUUUGGAAAGAAAAACGUACUUAAAAGGAGUGAUUUAAAAUAAAAUUGCCACCAGAUGGGUAUGAUUAUUCAGAGAGGGGAAAGAAAUCAAUAAAAGUAACUGGUGGAAUUAACAUAAUUAACAGCUUUACUAGUAUGUUAUAGAGAUGAGUUCUGAUUAAUCCCUUUUGUUGUCAAUGUAAGAAGUUCUAUUGUCAAAUUUUCAGUGGAAAAAAAUAAAAAAGCGUGGCAUAUUUUCUGCUUUUCAGAUAAACAGGUUGGACAUAUUUAGAAUCAUGAAGUUGUUCCUGUGAAAAAAAAAAUCCUAGUACUUCAUGCAUAUAUAUAGUGUUAAGUGCUACUAGAUAUAAUGGGAUUGACCAAGGAAUAUGCAAAAAUUCUGACCUCUGGGCUGUUCCAAACCCAUGCAUAUUGGUCCCAGUUGAGAGGCAUCACUGGCUGUUCUUGGCUUGUUUGAAGUUACUUGGUGGCAUUUAUUCACUUUCCUGGUUGAAAAAUCAGGUUUUAGAAGUUGCCUACUUUCGAAGGCCGUUACCAGCUAGAGUUGCAGGUGGAAGUGAGCUGGAUGUUGAAGCCAAUCAUGAAAUCAGGUUGGACCAAUGAAAAAGAAUGAGACACUAGCAGAGUGACAAAGAGAAAGCUUGCUGCUAAUGAACAUUUACUCAGUAAAUGGAAGCCUUCACUCACUCUUUAACAGAUACUUAGAAUCAGUGAUGAACACAGAACAAUCCAGUUCACAACACCUCUUGUUCAAAUUGAGUUCUGAGCUGUUUGCUAUACAAAUUGGUGUCUGAAAAGCACAUUUUGGCCACUUGUAACAUCUCUGCUAAUGUCAUACAUGGCUACAAAUGAAAUGACAAUUCACAUUAGAAGUCCUAGGAGAUACUAGAUAAAGGAAUACUACAUGCCUCUUUUUGUAAUCAAAAAUAUAAUUAGAAAUAUUUAGGGCACUUGUCAUCUCUCUUGGUUACCAAAAUAGCAGUCCUAGUUUGUUCCUAUCAUACUGUCUGUUUUGAAACCUCCACACAUUUUGGUCAUGGAAUAUUACAGGCAGCAGGGUUCUGAAUAGGGAUGUUUAGAAUAACCUAAUGUCACUUUCAGUCUGGUUGCAUGUAUGUUCUUGUCUUUAUAAAGGCUUUAACCCUGCCUCAAACAAUAAACAGCACUUGCAAACUGACCUCAUGA